AUGUUCAGUCAAAAGCCCAAAAAGCCAGUUGCUGGCAACAAAGGCCCAGCUGCUCCCGCACAACGCCCUCCAGCUGGUCGACCUGCCCAACGACCUCAGCCCGCUCAGCGACCGUCACAGCCUGCCCAGAGGCCUGCUCAACGCCCGGCCGGUUAUCAACCGGUGACUGCUCCGAGAUCAGUUGCAGGUGCUCCUGUUGUCGGAAGACAGCCUGCUCCCAAUCAUGGAAUGCAGAUGACCCAAAUGAAGAAACCGCAACAAGCUGCUCGCCCUCCAGCCAAGAAGCCAGCACCCGCUCAAGGGCAGAAGGCUGGACUACCAAAAGGUCAUGCUCCGCAAAGUGGAGGCCGGCCAGUCCAAAGGGCUGGACCUGCACCAGUUCAAAGCUAUCAUCCCGGCCAUCCUCAACAGGCUCACCCCCAACAAAGCCACAAGAAGAGCUCGUCAAACAUGAAGUAUGCAGCUGGGGGUGCUGUCGUCGGUGCGGCUGGUGCAGGAGCAGCUAUGUAUUACCUGAACAACGAUUCAAACGAGCCCACCUACGUGAUCAACAACUACGACAACAGUCAGGGCCCAGAGAACAUCACCUGCACUCAGUACAACCAAUAUGAAGGUGACUAUAUAGACAAUGGAGACUAUCGGUAUGACAGCGAUGGAGAUCGUCAAUACUCUCCAAACAGUCCAGACGAUGAUAACCGCUACUACGAUAAUGAUCAAGGUCAGUACGCAAAUGACACAAACUACGGCAACCAAUACGAGAAUGAUCAGGUGGAUACGUCGUACAAUGCCACAAGAUACCAACAACCAAGUGACCAGCAAGACUAUUCUAAUGGGAACAACAAUGGUGGUGACGGUGGUAACGAUGAUUGUUGUGGCUGCGACAAUUGCUGCGAAUGUGAUAACUGUUGCGACUGCGAUGGCUGUUGCGGGUGCUGCGGUGACGACAAUGGCAAAGACGGUGGCGGAGGAUGCGUUGUAAUGUAA